UCAUAUUUCGUAUACGGAGAAGAAGAGUAGUAAUGGCGAAUCCAUUCCAAUUCCGUCCUCCUCUUCACACCCGAGUUCUCAUGCGCCGAACCUCUGCAUACCGAGUGUUCGCAAUCUUCUACUCGUUUGCCAUCUUAGCUUUGCUAUAUCACCAUCUCAUUCAUCUACUCCACUCCCCAAAUACACUUUCCUUCUUCAUUCUUCUGGCAGAUGUAUUGUUUAGUUUCUUGUGGGCAUCCUCGCAGGGCUUUCACAUGUGUCCAACGGAUCGUCGGGUCUUCAUCGAACACCUUGAGCAUUAUGUCAAGGAGAGUGAUUAUCCGGGGCUGGAUGUGCUUAUAUGCACCGCUGAUCUACACAAGGAGCCACCUAUGGGUGUGGUGAACACUGCUCUAUCUAUGAUGGCAUAUGAUUAUCCGACAGAGAAGUUGUCGGUCUAUGUAUCGGAUGAUGGAGGUUCCAAGCUCACCCUCUUUGCUUUCAUGGAGGCUGCUAGGUUUGCCACCCACUGGCUACCUUUUUGUAGGAAGAACAAGGUUGUAGAGAGGUGUCCGGAGGCUUAUUUCGGAUCCAACCCCUCAUCAUGGUUUCCAGAGACUGAUCAGGUUAAGCUGAUGUACGAGACCAUGAAAAUUAAGGUGGAGAGCGUUGUUGAGAAAGGGACCAUUCCCCAUGAUCAUAUCACCAAUGAGCAGGAAAAACAAGCUUUCAGCAGAUGGACUGAUGAGUUUACACAAGCAAAUCACCCUGCUGUGGUUCAGGUUCUGUUGGAGGGUAGCAAGGACAUGGACAUCACUGGCCAUACAAUGCCCAACCUCGUCUAUGUAUCCAGAGAGAAAAGGCCCGGUUCACCCCACCAUUUCAAGGCUGGUGCCCUUAAUGUCCUGAUUCGAGUGUCAGCCACCAUGACCAAUGCACCAGUAGUCCUGACUCUCGACAGCGACAUGCACUCAAAUGAUCCUCAAACACCUCUUCACGCACUGUGUUAUCUCUUGGACCCUGAUAUGGAUCCAAAUCUCGGGUUCGUUCAGUUUCCUCAAGCCUUCCAUGGGAUCAACAAGAAUGAUAUUUACGCUGGUGAGUGUAUACAUGUGUAUCAAAUUCAUCCCAUUGGAAUGGAUGGCCUAGCAGGCCCCAUGCAUGUAGGGACUGGAUGUUUUUUCCGGCGAGAAGUCUUCUCUGGUGGCCCAUCCAGAACCCCCGGACUGAGCUCAGAUCAUCUCGUCAGCAAGUCAAUCAGGAACAAAGAAGUUUUAGCAUCAGCACAUCAUGUUGCAGCAUGGAAUUAUGAGAAUCAAACCAACUGGGGCACCAAGAUGGGAUACAGAUAUGGGUCAUUGUGUGAGGACUACUGCACGGGCUAUCGACUGCAUUGUGAAGGAUGGAAGUCCAUUUUUUGCAAUCCUAAGAGGCCUGCAUUUCUGGGGAGGGCACCGAUUAACCUCAAUGUCUGUCUGAAUCAAUCUAAGCGGUGGGGGGUUGGCCUCCUUGAGGUUGGGUUUUGCAAGCAUAGCCCAAUCGUCUUCGGCUUAAUGGAGAUAGGCCCUCUCAUGGGUCUAUGUUACGCAAACUAUGCCUUCAGGCCCCUCUGGUCCAUUCCAAUCACCAUCUAUGCCUUUCUCCCCCAGCUAGCUCUACUCAAAGGUGUCUCAAUCUUCCCCAAGGUCUCAGAACCUAGGUUUUUCUUAUACAUAUUCCUUUUCGUUGGAGCAUACACACAAGAUUGUCUAGACUUCUUAUUAUCUGGAGCUACAAUCCAGAGGUGGUGGAGCACCCAGAGGGUGUGGAUGAUGAGGGGGGUCUCAAGUUUCGCAUUCUCUUUAGUCGAAUACUUGCUCAAAUGCAUUGGCAUUUCCCAAUUCGGAUUCAAUGUGACAAGCAAGGUGGUUGACAAGGAACAAAGCAAGCGGUACAAGCAAGGGAUUUUCGAGUUUGGAGUCUCAUCACCCUUGUUCUUGCCGCUAACAACAGCAGCCAUAAUGAACUUGGUCUCAUUCCUAUGGGGCAUGGUACUAAUCUUCAAGAAGAAAAACCUGGAAGGCAUGCUUUUGCAGAUGUUGUUAGCUGGUUUUGUGAUGGUGAACUGCUGGCCAAUAUAUGAAGCCAUGGUCUUGAGAACUGAUAGAGGAAGGAUGCCCACCAGAACUACUAUUAUUUCCAUAUUCUUGGCUUGGGCUCUUUGCAUAAUUGUUUCUGUCAGUCCAAAAAUAUGAUAUAAUUCGGAGCUUUGCUAUGUAUUAGUACAUUUAUAUAGUUGACUUUGUGCCACAUAAAUAUAAAAAUAUAAUUAUUGGAAGUGUAUCGUGUAUUGAUAA